GCUGUUAAACUUAAGUUGAUAAUUCGCUUCUGUUUUGCUGGUUAUAUCAAACAUUUAAGAAUUUAAAAGUAGAAAAAAUACUACUUCCUAAUAAUAAAUUAUAUCUAGCAUGUCUCUGCGUUUCUGGUAAAUUCUCUAAUUAGAUUUUAGUUAAAUUAGAUUAGGUAGCAUGUUUCUUCAGUUUAUUUCUAUUUCCAGAUUUUAUUUAAGUCAGUACACGAGCUGCAGUGCCUGCAGUCCCUCCCUAGCAAACCUUUCCUUGGGCCUCAGACGUGGGAGUGUGAAAAGAUGAUCAGAAGAGGUAUGGGGUUAGGGAGAGAAAGAUUCUCCUCUUCCCUGCACCUACUUAGCACUUUGUCAUUACAAAUGGUUUUCCUACCUUCGAUUUGUUUCUGAUUUGUUUUCCAGACUCAAAACUUUCAGUUAUCUUUAAAUACAGAACUGAUGCCAGGCAUUUAAGUUAUUAACUUGAAAUUCUUACUUUUUGAGUCAAACUUAAUAGGAAUCUUUUUUUCCCUGAGCUCUCCAAAAGUGCUAUCACCAGCAACACUUUGGGAUCUCUCUCAGAUGAAACAAAGAACUGCUUGAGUACCGGCUUGCUGAAGAGCGUGAAGAUCAUUCAGUCUGGAUCUGUUAACAGAGUUCCCAGACACUGGAAAUGAAAGAAUGAGAUGUAAAACAAGGCCAGCUGUUUGUAAUGAGCUUCACAAUCCCCUGAGAAAAAUGGCUGAUAGGAUUUCAUCCCAGGAAAAGGAGGGGAAGAAAAGCAAACAUUUAAAAGGAUGUGACAGGUGUUUGUGGGUAAGUGCUAUAAAAGAACUCCCUGAGGCAAAGAAGUACGAAGUAGUUUAUCCUAUAAGACUUCAUCUGCCACAUAAAAGAGAAGUCAAAGAGCCAGAGCAACAGGAACAAUUUGAAACUGAAUUAAAGUAUAAAAUGACAGUUAAUGGGAAAAUGGCGGUGCUUUAUUUGAAGAAAAACAAGAAUCUCCUUGCACCAGGCUACACGGAAACAUAUUAUAAUUCCAGUGGAAAGGAGGUCACCACAAGCCCACAGAUCAUGGAUGACUGUUACUAUCAAGGAUACAUCAUUAAUGAAAAGGUUUCUGAUGCUAGCAUCAGUACAUGUAGGGGUCUAAGGGGCUACUUCAGCCAAGGAGAUCAGAGGUACUUUAUUGAGCCUUUAGGCCCCACAAAUGAGGAUGGACAGGAGCACGCACUCUUCAAGUAUGAUCCCAGUGAAGAGACAGAUAACAGCACCUGUGGGAUGGAUGACGUAUUAUGGGUGCAUGGAUUGCAGGAGAAUGUUGACGCCUCUGCCACCAGACUGGUCAAAUCAAAUGACCAGAAUGUUCAGAAACCUAAGAGAUACAUAGAAUAUUAUUUGGUCCUGGAUAAUGGUGAGUUUAAAAAGUACAAUGAAAAUACAGAUGAAAUGAGAAAGAGGGUGUUUGAGAUGGCCAAUUACAUCAACAUGCUUUAUAGAAAGCUCGAUGCUCAUGUGGUCUUAGUUGGUAUGGAAAUCUGGACUGACGAGGAUAAGAUAAACGUAAUCCCAAACGCAAACGCCACCUUGGAAAAUUUUUCUAAAUGGAGGGGGAGUGACCUCUUAAGAAGAAAGCGUCAUGAUGUUGCUCAGUUAAUCACGGCAACAGAACUUUCUGGAACGACUGUGGGCCUUGCUUUCAUGUCUACAAUGUGCUCUCCUUAUCAUUCCGUUGGCAUUAUUCAGGACCACAGUGGCAAUCAUCUUAGCGUUGCGGGGACAAUGGCCCAUGAAAUGGGCCACAACUUUGGAAUGUUUCAUGACGACUAUAAUUGCAAGUGCCCUUCUGUAAAGUGUGUGAUGGACAGAGCACUAAGCUUCUAUAUACCCACAGACUUCAGUUCCUGCAGCCGUGUCAGCUAUGACAAGUUCUUUGCAGAUAAAUUAUCCAAUUGCCUCUCUAAUGUUCCAUUGCCUACGGAUAUCGUAUCCAUCCCAGUCUGUGGAAACCAGGUGGUAGAAAUGGGAGAGGACUGUGAUUGUGGGACUCCUGAGGAAUGUACCAACAUUUGCUGUAAUGCUGAAACUUGUAAAAUCAAAGCAGAUUUUCAAUGUGCAUUAGGAGAAUGCUGUGAAAAAUGCCAAUUUAAAAAGGCUGGGAAAGUGUGCAGAUCCGCAAAAGAUGAGUGUGACCUGCCUGAAAUGUGUGAUGGUAAAUCUGAUCAUUGUCCCGAGGACAGAUUCCAAAUCAAUGGCUUCCCUUGCCAGAACGGGAUGGGCUACUGCCUGAUGGGGACGUGCCCCACACUGCAGGACCAGUGCACCGAGCUCUGGGGACCAGGAAGCAAGGUUGCAGAUAAGUCAUGUUACAGAAUGAAUGAAGGUGGAUCAAAGUAUGGGUACUGUCACAAAGUGGACAACACAGUCAUCCCCUGCAAAGCUAACGAUUCUAUGUGUGGGAAGUUGUUCUGUCAAGGUGGGUCAGAUUAUGUAGUCUGGAGAGGACGUGUAAUAACUUUCCUGGUAUGUAAAUCAUUUGAUCCUGAAGACCCAAGGCACGAGAUAGGCAUGGUGACCAAUGGAACCAAGUGUGGUGACAACAAGGUUUGCAUCCAUGCAGAAUGUGUGGAUAUCGAGGAAGCCUACAAAUCAACCAAUUGCUCAUCAAAGUGCAAAGGACACGCUGUGUGUGACCACAAGCUCCAGUGUCAGUGCAAAGAAGGAUGGGCCCCUCCCGACUGUGGUGACUCCUCGGUGGCCUUCCGUAGGUCAUGUUUUACAAACUUGUCCACCUCUCCAUUGCUUCUAAGAGAGAUUGUUGGAGAUGUGUCCUAGGGGCACGAAUCAAUCUCGUUCUGUAUACACAGGGGAUGAGAGGGACCUGAAUGAACUAUAUGCCCUCAAUUCCCAUUCUUUGGCUUUCCAAAAAAAGAAUAGCAUUUACAUCUGAUGUUUAGGCUAUAAUUUACUCUGUUUCUGUGUAUAUAAAUCCCUUAACUUUCUAUCUAUGUGGAGUUUUUAAAAAUUCUUUAUUAAUUUUCCUAGUUCUCUAUGAUUUUAUUAUAUGCACACACGCAUAUUUGUCGUGUGUCUGGGUAGGGUAGGGGGAUAGAUGCAUGAACAUAAUCAACGGCUUUAAUUAGAAAACUCUUUAAUGGUUUCAGUGCUCACUAAAAAUCCUUUUAAACUAUGACAUCUUUCUUCUUGAACUCUUUAUUUUGGUUUACCCAUUGAUUUGCUAAAUCAAUUCCAUAAGUAAUUUCUUCUUUAUGGAAGGAUGUGUAUACAUUAAACUUUCUUUGCAUUUAUGAGAAUUUAUUUCUGCUGCUGAAUAUUUCUAUUAAUAUUAUAUAUCAUAGAAUAUAUAGCAGGUUGCAUUGGAUUGCAUUUUUUUUAAUCACAAUUUUCCUUUCAUGAUUCUGUUGAAGGGGAUGCUGAUACUUAAUGUUAAAAAACCAAGGCCAGUUGUUGAUGUUAAAUAAAACCCUUUAAAAAUCA